AUGCCACGUGUCAGUUCGCUGUUCGUGCUCCUCGCCCUCAUGGUCGCCCUUCUGGCCGUCAGUCACGCGGCCGUCGUUUCCGGAUACGACAAUAUUUAUCAGGUGCUCGCGCCGAGGUAGGACAGUGUAUCCCCAUAAAAUUUACUUACAAGAUCAUGUACCUCUGCUCCAAAAAAGGCCAGUCCAUGAAAAACCUUUCAGUUUCAAAUAGUAGUCAUUGGCUCAAAGCCAGUCCCCAUUACGUUGACAAAUCAAUUCCAAACCGUCCUGUUCAGAUUCCGACGCGCCCGUCUGAUGAGUUUUGACGGCGAGGCGCCGCAAUACCUGCAACACUUGCUCCAGAACCUGAAGCCGCGCUUCCGAAGAUCCAUAUAA